AUGUCCCUACACGAUACCAUUAACCCCUGGGCAAACAUCUCCCCUUCCUCCCAAGUACCGGCACCCUCCCACCACAACACCACCCCAGCAACAACAUCCUCCUCCACUGCAACAGAACAGCUCUCCACCCCCGCUGUGGUAUACUCCAACUCGACCCAACCCUUUAUCUCUUUCGACGGCAAUAUCCAACCCAAGAAUGUCAUCAACGAUGUCUUCCUCUCCUCCACAAUGCUCUACGACGACGUCGAGCUCUACCUCAAUGACUCCUCCGCCAGCAACUUCGAUAGCGAUUCGGACUCUGGUUUCAGCACACCCUCUCAGCACGACGACGACCAUCCCAGCUGCUUCUCGACCCCCAUGACACCUAUGUCUCCCUUUAUGGAAAACGAUACCGAAGAUCAUCCUCUCUACCCCACCGAGGAGGAGGAUGUCCAAGAGUCGUCUUCCCAGGAAGAGUCCAAAGACACGCCCGUUGACGAUGCUGCCAACAUGGUCAUUGAUAUGAAGAGGCCAAUGUUCAUCCCCGUCUCCAUCUGCGACGCCCGGGACCUCGCUGCCACUGCCAGCUUACCCACCCCUCCAGAGUGCAAUGCUCGCAAGCACUCCUAUGAUUUCCUCCGCAACUCGGACGCGUUCCUUUUGGGCGGCAUCUCGUCGACCAAGCGCCGGAGGGUCGAUAUCCUCUCGGCCGACUUUGAAACCCCCGCUUCGCCUCCAGCUUCCAAUGCUGGCGAUGAUGAGGUGGCCGAGUUGAGCGAUACCGAUUCUUCGGCUAGCUACUUUAUGGCCCGUAGGCGAUCACUUUUCCAGAUGCGCAACGUCCGCCAUCUGACCCCUACCUCGCCCUCUAUGCCCGAGAUUGUCUGCUUUGCUCCUCCUACCCACGAGGAAUACGACUACCAUCCCGAGUUGGAUCGCUCGGAUGAUGAGGAAGAGGAAGAGGAGGACGAAGACGAGGAAGAGGAGAACAAGGCUGUUAAUGCCUCGUUUGAACAGCAGGUUGACAUGACCGAGGAGAUGAUCGACUGUAGUAUGCCUUCAGACUUGUUUGUGGUUGAGGCUGAUCAGGAAUCAGGCCUCAACACUUACUUGUCGGAGGACAACUACUACUCGUCUUCGGAUGAUGAGGCCGAGUUCAGCUACCACUCUGAGAACGAGAUGCACAUUGAAUCCAUGAGCUCCAGUGACGAUAGCGACUCGGAUGUGUCCGAUGUCGAGGAUUACCAGUUCCCUAUCAGACGUCGUGGUACGUGGCACGGUCCUAGCCUCGAGGACAUUGAGAAUGCUACCGUCCAGCCUACCAAGGCAGACGUCCAGGUGGUCAAGAAAGUCUCUCAGCAGCAGCAGGCAAAGCAGCCCAAGCAACAAAAGCACCAAAAAAACAAAGAGGCCCCUGUUGAGGUCAAGGUUGCUAUUGUUGCCCCUGCUCCUACUCCCGCUCCCGCUCCCGCUCCCGUUGCUUCAGUUGCAGCGGUUGCUGCUCCCGUUGUUCCAGCUGCACCUUCCAAGAAGGCAUCAUCGGCUGCUGCUUCCGAGAGCAAGGUCUCCAAGGCACACUCGCCUACUCUCUUCCAGAUUUUGACCAAGGCGAACAUCGACUGGUGUCGUUACUGCGGCACGACCGAGGGUGUCAACUGGCGCCCCGGCCCAUGGGGCAAGCGCACGCUCUGCAACAAGCACGGCUGUGACUUUAAGGGCUAUGGUUUUGCCUGCAAGUUGCCCCGCCUGGACCUCACCAGCUAUGCACAUGAGACUGUUGAACAGCGUAUUCGCCCUGUCCUCCAACACUUUUGCCACGGUUGUCAAUCGCAAGAAUCAACCUCUUGCAACAAGAUGCUCAGGUGCGAGGGCUGCCCCAAGGCCUUCCAUCAAGCAUGCCACGGAGACUCGCCUAUUUCGGAUGAGGUUGCCUCUUCUGACAAGGCCUGGUUCUGCGACGAAUCUUGCCGCGAGAACGUGAAGAAGAGGCGUGUCUGCGUGGAGUUGCCCAAGAAGCGUCUUCCCUUGAUGUCGACACCUAAACCCCUGACGAGCUCGGCUGCAGCGGGUUCUGUGGCCGAGACCUCUCCCUCGAGCGGUCGUCCCCGUGGGGUGAGAGCCUCGAUCUCGGGGGAUUCUUCUCGAUCCAAGUAA